AUGCCUUCAAUUCUACGGAUUGUGGGAGGAUUAGUCCUCCUCGGUCUGGCGCAUGUCAUCGGCAGCUUUGUCUAUCAGAUCAUCUACUACCGUUUCUUUCACCCACUGGCUAAGUUCCCCGGGCCAUUCUGGGGAUCAGUGACUCGGUUAUGGAUCACCUAUCACAAUGUCAAAGGCGACGAGCCUGAGACGUUCCAGGCUCUGCACCGCAAAUACGGCCCAGUUAUACGUAUCACGCCAGUGAUGCUGUUAGUGAGCGACGCCACCAAGCUGCCUGUUAUUUACAGCCGCCAGGCCAACAAGUCCAAGCACUACAUCACGGGCAGCUUCGGCAAGACGGAGUCGCUCUUCAACAUGCAGGACUCUAAGACGCACUCGCGGUUCCGCAAGAUCGCCGCUGCGCCGUACAGCUUCACCAACAUCAAGAAGAUGGAGCCUCUUAUCGACGCGCGCAUUGGAGAGUGGAUGGAUCGCCUGGAAGAGCUUUUCAUCAAGCGCGAGCCUGGUGUCAAGUUCGAUUUUGCUCCUUGGGCUGUCUACAUGGCCUACGAUGUUAUCUCUGAGGUUGGCUUCGGCGAGCCGUUUGGUUUCAUCCAGCAGGGCACCGAUGUUGGGGGCUUGAUCCAGGGCUUUCAUGACGGACUUACACCCUUUGGUAUUAUGGCGAGGCUGUAUCCCAUGACAAAUUGGAUCAAGAGCACUUUCCUUGGGAAAUAUUUCGUCGCCACUCCCGAGCAGGAUUCAGGAAUCGGAACGCUUAUGCGCUUCCGGGACAAGCUUAUCGAUCAACGUUUCAAGGAGAUUGAGGCUGGGACGAACGUGCGAUUUGAUUUGCUUCAGACUUUCAUCGAGGCCCGCGAUGAAGAAGGCAAGCCACUGGACCUGGAUUAUAUCAAGGCAGAGAUUCUGCUCGUGCUUUUGGCUGGCGCAGACACAACGGGCACAGCAUUCCAAGCUAUGAUGGUCUACGUCCUAUCGAACCCAACUGUCUACAGCAAGCUGAUGGCUGAGCUGGACGCCGCGACCGAAGCCGGCAAGAUCAGCGCACAGGGCAUCCCGCAGUACGAGGAGAUCGUGGCACACUGCCCCUACUACCUCGCCUGUCUGCGUGAGUCGAUGCGCCUGACUCCGUCCGCGCCAAACAUCUUCCCUCGUAUUGCCGGCCCAGGAGGACUAUCCCUGGGCGAGAAGUUCGUGCCCGAGGGGACCGAACUCACCUGCAACCCUUGGCUUGUUCACCGUGACCAGAACCUCUACGGUGACGAUGCAGGCGAGUUCCGUCCUGAGAGAUGGCUCGAGGACACCGAGAAGGCGAAGGACUUCUUGAAGUACAACAUGGCCUUUGGUUAUGGCGCCCGAGUAUGCCUUGGCAGGGAAAUCGCAAACAUGGAGCUGUACAAGGCGCCGCUACAGUUCUUCAGGACUUUCAGACCCGACAUCGUGAACAAGGAGGUGCCCGCGCGGUAUAUAAUCAAUGGUGGUGUGAGUUACUAUGAGGAUAUGUGGCUGAGUAUCAGCAAGAGGGCAGCAGCCAAGGCUUGA